AGCAUCCAAGCCUCCGCAUGCCCAGCACGACUCGAUCUUUCGGUUCCCCCUAGCCUUGAAUUUGUGUACAGAUCCUUACUACAAUAUACCUCUCUGAAAACACGCCAUAUCUACGUUACUUUUCCCUGCGCAAACGAUCUGAAUUUCCUCGGUCCCUACAGUACUUUCAUUCUCUACACGAUCUCCAUUCACGCUCGCACGAAUCCGGAUAGGUUUCGGCGCUUUGGCGAUUUUCCAUUUUACCAUCAUCUGCGACGAAAAUACAACAACAGGCACACACAGGAUCUUCCGCAUUUUUCUCGGCUCGAGGACCGUUUCUCGUCCGCAAAGCAACGUUUGUCCUAUUCCGGUGCGCUUUUUUUCGCCCGGAGUAGAGAUCCCGAAGAUCAAUCUUUACACUUGGACGUGACAGAUUUUCACAACAACAAUAUUUCUCACAACAUUUUUGACAAAUAUAGUUUAGUGAAGUAUUUCUGAUCGCACCUUGUUGGAGUCUUUCUAGAGCAGACAGACCCGAAAGGUACCCCAAGAAAGAUGGCACUGUUUUUGCGACGAGCCCUCGGGGCGACCGCCCUUCUCGGCAGUGUGGCAUUCGCGGAGGAGGAAGUCGCGGCAACGACGGAGGAGGUAGCAAAAGAAGAAAUAAAGGAUGACAAGAAGGUCGACGGCUUCUCCUCCGACGAAAUUGCAAAGGUAUUCAUUCUAUUUGUUGACCCUAAUGUGGAUGGUUUUUGUCUCCUUUACUAUUGUGCAACAAAGCAAAUGUUCUUCCUCUCCCUGCGUGAUACGCUUGCCAUCUCAAUCCUAUGACAAAACCAAUGUGACCAAUAAACCAGAUGGCAGAGGGCGGAGAGAAACACGAGUUCCAGGCAGAAGUGUCGCGUUUGAUGGAUAUCAUCAUCAACUCGCUGUACACGGACAAGCAGGUUUUCCUUCGUGAGUUGAUCUCCAACGCCGCCGAUGCCCUGGAGAAAGCAAGGUAACAUUUGUGACGUAGGCUUUUUCUGCAUCUGCUCAUCGUGUGAGUAGUGCCGCCACUUGCAUUCGAUUUGGUUGCAGGUAAUGAUUUCCAGCUUGGCAUAAGUACUUCGGUCGUUAUAAGUGCGCUCUGCAGUUUUCACUUCAACAGCAUCAUCUAUCAUAUCAUGGUAAAAACUACACAAACAACAGGUUUUACUCCGUGCAGGAAGCCUCCUUCCUUGGUGACACCAAGGACCUGGAGAUCAAGAUUGAGUUCGACCCGGAAGCGAAGACUCUGUCUAUCACCGAUACCGGUGUUGGUAUGAGCAAGGCGGACUUGAUCAACAACUUGGGUACAGUCGCCAAGUCAGGAACCACCAACUUUCUCGAGGCCAUGGCCGAGGGUGGCGACCACACGAACUUGAUCGGUCAGUUCGGUGUCGGUUUCUACUCCGCGUUCCUGGUUGCCGACAAGGUUGCCGUCACCUCCAAGAACAACGACGAUGAUGGGCAGCACGUGUGGGAAUCCACCGCAGAUGCCGCCUUCACCGUGUCCGAGGACCCGCGAGGCUCCACCUUGGGCCGUGGUAAGUGUUUGUGUGACCAUGAUGUGUAGGUGUGGUGGUUCUCUUGCAUGAAGUGUCAACCAGUACUAGACACGACUUUCAUCUUCUUGUCCUCCUCGUGUGCUUGAAUUUGUGCCUCACUAUUCCUACUCGCAUUGAUGUCACAAAUCGGCUGUUAACAUGAUCCCCUAUCAGGUUCCCGCGUCACUCUCUUCCUGAAGGAGGAUGCUCAGGACUUCUUGAACGAGCACAAGCUGAAGGAGACCCUCGUGAAAUUCUCGCAGUUCAUCCAGUACCCGAUCUACCUGAAGGUCAAGAAGGAGGUCGAGGCAGAAGAGGAGGAGGACGACGACGAAGAGGAAGACGAAGAUGCCGAGGCUGAGGACGAUGAGGAGAAGGAGAAGAAGGAAAAGAAGAAGGAGCCCAAGGAAAAAAAGAAGACCACCAUCUACGAGUGGGAACAGGUAUCUAUUCGCUCGUGCUCCCUUAUCUCGCUUUAUCAGAUCGUGUUUCAUUUUCGUCCGUGUAGAAGUGGCGGUACUCAUUUUUUCUGAAUACUCAGCGGAGGAUGAAGCACUGCUUUUGUGCAAAAUCAGGAGCUUAAUCACAUGAGCAUACUCACUCUCCACGGAAUGUUCUUCCACCACACUAUUGUCGUUCCCAUAUCAACACCCUCUCAGGUCAACACCCAGAAGGCCAUCUGGUUGCGUUCCAAGGACGAGGUGACGGACGAGGAGUACACCGACUUCUACAAGGCCAUUUCCAAGGACUACAUGGAACCCCUUGCCAACACCCACUUCAACGCCGAGGGUGAGAUUGACUUCAAGUCCAUCCUGUUCGUGCCCAAGAAGGCCCCGAUGGACAUGCUGGACAACUACUGGACCAAGAAGUCCGAGGUCAAGCUGUACGUCCGCCGCGUGCUGGUCGCCGAGAAGUUCGAGGAUCUCCUCCCGCGCUACCUGAACUUUAUCCGCGGUGUCGUCGACAGUGACGACCUGCCGCUCAACGUGUCCCGCGAGCAGCUGCAGCAGAACAAGAUCAUGAAGGUGAUCACCAAGAAGCUGGUCCGCAAGGUCCUGGAGCUGCUGAAGAAGAUGUCCAAGGACGCCGAGUCCGACAAGGACGAGGACGACGACGAGGAGGGCGAAGACGGCGAGGAAAAGAAGGAGAAGAAGAAGGACAAGAACGCCGAGUCCCACUACGACACCUUCUACAAGGAGUUCGGCAAGAACUUGAAGAUGGGCUGCUACGAGGACGAUGCCAACCGCUCCAAGAUCAGCAAGCUGCUCCGCUUCACCACCACCAAGUCGAACGACAAGGAAAUCUCCCUCGACUCAUACCUGGACAACAUGCCGGAAAAGCAAGACUCCAUCUACUUCGCCAGUGGUAAGACUAUUGUAGCGUUUUGUUUAUUCUGUGUUGCAAUUCAUCAUUUUCAGUACACACAGCUGUCUCAUUCAUGCGUCUGAUGUGGAACAAUUGCCAUUCAGAUUUCCACUUCCAUUGCAAUCCCGCCCUUGGAUGAAACAUCGGUUCAAUCACAAAACAGGUGAAUCCAUGGAGACGCUCCUGAAGCUGCCGAACUUGCAGAUCUUCAAGAAGAAGAACAUUGAGGUCCUGCUGUUGACGGAUCACCUGGACGAGCCGUGCAUCCAGAAGUUGGCAGACUACGAGGGCAAGAAGUUCGUGUCCAUCCAGAAGGCGGAUGUCAAGCUCGAGGAAACCGAAGAGGAAAUCAAGCGCUUCAACAAGAUGAAGGACAUGUACAAGCCGCUUACCGACUGGUGGAAGGAGCUCCUCACCAAGCUCACCGAAUCCGGCGGCAUGAAGAGCAGCGGCGUCAAGAUCGACGGUAAGGAAUUUUUCGGCGCUGUGGUGAAAACUUUUUUGGCUGGGGUUUUGUUUACUGUAGGUGUGAUGUGAAAUGAAGGUACUUAUUUUGCAAGUCCGUCAUUGCCUUUGCCGUAAUCAAAUAAUCAGGUGUCGUCCUCUCCAAGCGUCUCACAGAAUCUCCUUGCGUUGUCGUCACCUCCCAGUUCGGGUAUUCCGCUCACCAGGAGAAGAUCAUGCGCGCACAGGCCUUCCAGAACAAGGACCAGAUCCAGAUGAUGGCCGGAAGGAAGACUCUCGAGAUCAACGGAAACCACCCGGUACAUAAUAUUCGUUUUGCUUCUUUUUGCUUACAUUCGCAAAAACUUCAUCCUUCUGUGCCACAGUGCGCUGCGCGUACGUGAGUCACAUUGCAUGUGUCAAGAAUCUUAUCGCUCCGUUGUUCUACAAGUCAAAAUGGAAAAAUCCAUCACAAAUCAGGUUGUCCACAACUUGCUCCAGAAAGUGAAGGAAUCCAAGGACGAUCCGAAGACCGCAAACAGCGCCGAGAUGCUGUUCCAGACGGCGCUUAUCGAGUCUGGUUACGAGCUUUCCGACCCGGCCGACUUGGCUGCGCGCGUCUACAAGCUGAUGGCAGCGCAGCUCGGUGUCGACCCGGAGGAGGGCAUUCGGGAAAUCGAGCUUCCGGAAGACGAGGAGGAGGAAGAGGCCGAUGAGGAGGCUGAGGAUGCGAAGUCCGAGGACAAGAAGGAGGAAGAGGAGGUCGAGGAGGAAAAGAAGGACGAAGAGUUGUAAGAAUCCGAUAGCGGAGUUUUGUACAGUCUAGAUGAAACGACGAGGAGCGACAACAUGAUAGACGACGACACAAAAUUUUCCAUGGGUUUUUACCACAACAUCUAAUGUCCAAUCUUUUCUACUUAGCACUCGAGUUUCUACUACAUCCUGAAAAGUGUUUUUCUCUCUCUCAAAAAAGGGGGGGCGUAUCUAGGUUUUGUAAUACAAAGUAGUACACUAAGAAUACAAGAGCUGUCAACUACAAAUGUACCUUUGACAACACACAGUGCUGUGCUUGUAUUGCGGCAAAACAUGUAAUGACCAUUGUAUUUUCAGUUGCCUCGCAAUUUGUUGUACUACACUUAGAAACGUCUAGACCCUCAAGACACUACCGGAGGGCCGUUUCCACGAAACGGCGCCUUCGCUUUUUAUGACUACUUUUUUGGAUUUGACUACUUCUGAUGCGAUGAGAAACACUUAUCGUUCAUUGUUAUGUUUGAUUGUUGAUGUCAAUUGGAUGACAAAUAUGGUAUAUGAUACUGAUUACUUUUUCCUCUGAUGUGGUUGUUGCUUUCCGAUGCAUCGCGUCGUAAGCAUGGCCACCAAAGACCGCUUUCUCAAUUUUCGCUUUGUAAAAGACUAGCUCUUGAUACAUCUCGAAUUCAAAGCGCACGCGCGAAAGCACAAGAAAAAAAGGCCGCGAUAUAGUUCGGGGCUACUCAAGCCACCCAUGGCGAUUCUCAACCUGUUCAAUGUUUUUUUCUUUCUGUCGAGUGCAUUAGAUGGAUGAAUGUAACAUUUGUACUAGCAGUUGCUUUCGGCGAGCGAGGUGUCAAGCGGAGGGCACACACAGUCGCGAG